AUGGAAUUAGACGCAACACAAUUAGCACUUUCCAAGGAGGAAAGAGAACGGCGACAACGCGACAAGUUGUGCUUCCAUUACGGGAAACCGGGACACGUGUCAAAGGCCUGCAAACAGCAACCUAGAAGGGGUCAGCAGGAAAAACCUAAACAGCUCAGGGCGACAGCUGAAUUCUGUGCCACCAGGGGAGCUUAUGACAUAACCAGCACUAGUACACCUCAGAGAAGGAGUAACGAGCGGCUGAGAAAAUUAUUUAAAGAAUGCACGACACUCAGUGAUAAUGAAAUUGAGCAGGAGCUUCAGGAGGAAGACUCCACUGAGUAUAGAAGCACGAAAAGCAAUUGGCCUGCUGAGAAUCCUAGUAUGCUCGCGGCCACCAAUCAUGAAUCACCAACCAGCAAUGAAUAUAGCUCAGUUAAAUGGGAAGACUGUACCCCCGAAGGAUAUAUUCGCAGAUUAACAAAUCUCACGAACGAAAUAUGUCAGAUUAUCAGUACUGACGGAAAAAACACCAACCACAAAGAGCCAGAUCAAGAGGAUUAUCCCGCGAUAGAUUGGACCACUAUUAACCAACCUAUCAAUCCACUUGACAAAGAGUAUGGAACUCAGUGGGUGAGCCUUAAUCCCAACAGGGAGCAGUCCCAUGAGAUUCCCAAGACACCUCAGAAAUCCCCGCAAAACAAUGACGAAGCAGACCAAUAUGCUGCGUGGCUACGCCAGCCAGACCAGAAACAAUUAGCAGAACUAUAA